GGGAAAACACGGCGGAUGGAAAAACAGGCAGAGAGAAGGGCAGCCCUUAGUCGACGUCAUCACGUAUGCGUCCUUAGGUCUUAAAUCAGCGAGGCGCGUAACCUGUAGUCCAUGGCGUGUAGUCUUUGUAGCUGAAUAGAUUGUUAAUUAUUAUUAUUUCAUAGUAGUCAGAGUUAUUAUUCGUAAUGGAGGAGUUAGACGUGGAGCCUGCAGUCACAGUAAGUAACCGCUGAGUUUUGGUUUUUGCUCCUUUUUCAAUUAAACGUAGAAAUGCUAACAGGCUAACAGCGUCGGAAGAAUCCAGCAUGAGAUUAAAACAGAGUUUAGUAUCUGAGUUUAAUCAUCUAAAGAGGGCAGACAGUCCUCAAUACAUGAGCUGUCUAAGUGUUUGAAUUUAUUUAUGACUAAUAUGGGAAUAUAUGUGUUUUUAUUGCAUGUUAAAACUGUCAAAGCAGCAGGAGUAUCGGGAACUUUAGUGUCUCCUCUGGUGUUUACAUUUGACACGGAGAGAAGAGGUGAAAUAAUCUCGAUAAUUUCAGUUUUAAUGACCCUGUUUCUCUUCUGUAAAUGCAGAAUAUCCCUGCAGCCUGUGAUGGAAAGCAUUUGGGAUUUGCAUGGGGUCCUGGUGAUAUCCUGAUCUACGAGACUAUCUUCAAAACAUCAGGUAUAUGAUAAUAUCGGGGCUGGGCGAUAAGACGAUAACGAUAUCGGAUAUUAGUUUCCCCAUAUCAAUACAGACCAUAGUUCUUUUCAAUAGUCGGCAUUCGGCCAUGUUUUGGUAGACUAUGGUGGUCUAUACAUGAGUACGAAUUUGUAAGACACUGGUAAAAUAAACUAUCGAUUUGGGGCCUGUUCACUAUGAUUGUUAUAGUAGAUAUUCACGUGGUUUUCGUCUGUAUUUUCAGGAGCCGGUGGAUCAGACAACCCCUUCAUCCACGAGGUCAGGAAAGACGAGGAUAUUUAUUCCCCCAUUUUACGGAAGCUCUUCAACGAGUCUCAUCACAUCUUCGUUGGUCUGCAGACGAUUAAAGAUGACCUCCCGAGCAAGAACAAGAAACCACAGUAAGACCCCCUGACUGAUACCUGUUACCUGUCAUUUGCUCACAAAAUAAUCAUACUGAGAGAAUUUUCUCUUUCUUGCCUCUUAGGUUUGUCAGCAUCAGUAAAAACUACAGAUCAGUGAUUCGAGCCUGCAUGGAGGAGCUUCAGCAGGAAGCAGGUGAUAGUUUGGUGGAUCAUUUUGGUGUUUGAUUCUGCUGCUGGAUUAUUCUGAAUCAAUCAGAUUGACCUGUUUCUCUCAUGUGCAGUUUCCACAAAAGCUCCAGAUGUGGCGACACAAUAUGGAAAUCAGGUAUGUGCAUUUUUUAACGCAUGAUAUUGGGAAUAUUUCACCUAAAAAGGAACUAGUUUUAGUUAGGCUACAAAAGUAUUAGAGGAUAUACUUAAUUUUGAUCCCGUUGCGUUUGUUUUGUGUGUCAGGUGUCCAUUCUAAUGGCCAUAGAGCUGAUCUGGAAUCUGUGUGAAGUGCUUUUCAUCGAUGCUGCUCCAGGUUGGAGCUUUUUGUAGUUUCCUGCAACAAUUUUAACCUGUAAAAGUAGCCGAAUAAUAAAAGUAAAAGAUGUGUGUCUGUAUCCUCAGCGGGGACCCUGUUGCUCCACCUCCUGGACUGGGUGAGGUUACACAAAGCUGAUGUGGACGAGAAAGCCCGAGAGGUGCUGCAGAGUGAGAGUCCAACUGAGCAUCACGACUACUGGGAUGUGGUAGGUGCUGAACACAAACACAUGCAAAGGUGUUUUCAGCUCUUGAUCACUCUGUCUGACGUGUUCUGUGUCUCUGUCUCUCAGGUGGUGAGUUAUGUGCUGCAGGGCAGGUUGGAAGAAGCCAGGCACAUGCUGGUGAAGCAGGCCACUCUGCAGCCUGCAGCCAGGAAGAUGUACAAGCUGAUGGACACUUUACUCAGCAAGAUGCCCUUCUAUAAUGUAAGAUGAUCUCUUUCUUGCUGUGGAGCUUCAGUAAUCCGUUAACUUUUUACUUGAUUUGAUCUGAACGGAAGCUAAAGGGAAACUUUUAUUUCCCUUUAACAUCUAUUUAAUUGAGCUUUUAACAGUUUGGGAGCCGGGUAGAGCUCUGAGGUCGUCAAAUCAACUUCUGCUGGAGGUGCUCAGGUUAAAACACAAGCACUGGAGUGACCGAGCCUUUUCAGUUGCUGGUCCGUGGUUCUAGAAUAAGCUCUCCACCGAAAUGAGACUUAUUUCCCACCUGAGCCUUUUCAAAUCCCGAUUGAAAACGUACUUAUUUAUGCUGGCUUUUAGUACCCAGUAGCGUGGUGACACUUUAUUUUAUUGCAUUGUAUUUUUUUUAAUUGUUUUUAUUUAUUCAUUUUUAUUUUCUUCGUAUUGUAAAGCACUUUGGUUCACUGAAAGGGUUGUUGUAAAGGGCUGCAUAAUUAAAGACCAUUUACAUUUACAUUUACGUUUACAUAGGGGACCGAAUUUGUUUUAUAAAAUGACCCAAAUGCAACAUGUGGUCAUGCUACCAAAAAUGAUCUCGGUAAACUUACUAAAUGAAGCUUCAUCCUUCAGCCUGGAGGCACUCAGACGCUCACAGAGUUCGAUGUGAAGUGGAGACACUGGCAUGAGGAGGUGGACCGCUGCCUGCAGGACAACUCCUUCGCCAGCAACCAACACCUGGAGGUCAUCUGCAAGGUUGGUGACUGUUUGGUUGACUAAUAUUCAUAAUUAGUUUAUAUUUAACUGUCAGUGGCUUUGUGUACCCUUCCUUUCAGUAUUUACCACUUUUUAUCCAACACUUUGGCUUACCUGUUUUCUCUUCUAAUCGUAGAUCCUAGCCGGGGAUGAAGACACUUUGCUGGAGCAUAAGGGACUCCUGAGCACCUGGUACCACUUCCUGGUCACAAGACUUCUCUUCGGCUUCCCUACAGUCAAACCCACAGAGUUACACUAUUAUGCACAGGUAUGCUAAAUUUAUUUCUGCAACAACACUCAAACUUCACGGCAGUCCUGUUUUUGUGAUUGAAUAUUUGCUCUCGCCGCAGUCAUGCCUGACCUUGUUUCUGGACUCGCCGCGUGUCCCAGAACCCCUUGACAGCAUCUUACUCGCUGCUUUUGAGUUCGACCUCCAUCAGGUCAUCAAAGACUGCAGGUAACAUCUAUAAUUUCAUACAUUUCUGUGACCACAGUCUGCGAAAAUCUUCCAGUACUUACCUCCUUCUCUGUCCACCACGUGUGUCCUCAGCAUUGCCCUCAACAACUGGUGGUUUGUGGCCCAUUUGACAGAUCUGUUGGACCACUGCAAACUCCUCCAGUCUCAUAAUCUGCAGUAAGGACUUCAUUCAGCUUUUAAUCUGAAGAUGACGAGAAUACGCUCCUUCUAAAGCUGGAAUUCACCAUGUCUCUGUGAUUGAUUUCAGUUUUGGCUCCAACUUGAGAGAGUUCCUCCUCUUAGAAUACGCGUCCGGUCUCUUCACUCAUCACAGGUAUGAUCUCUUCAGCCUCAGCUUUAUGUAGACAAUCGGUAUGUUUGGCUAUCCUAAAUAACUCCUUAUCUCGUUGGAUGUUUUUGUGUUAAAAGCCUGUGGCAGUUGGCUGUGGACUACUUUGACCACUGCCCAGAGUUCGGCCGUGUCUACCUGGAGCUGCACAUCGAACGUGUUCCUCUAGAAACGGAGCGUAAAGCUCUGAAGGUGCUCAGAAUCUGUGAGAAGAGGCAGAUGUCAGAGCAAGGUGGGACUCUCUUAGUCACAGUUUUCAGCUUCACUAGACAAACACAGAUGAGCUUUAAACUUUCCUAAUUUCUUAUCCGUGUGCAGUGCGGAGCAUCUGUAAGAUCAUGGGGAUGCGCUCUCUGAGGAACAACAGACUGGGCUCGGCUCUCUCCUGGAGCAUCAGGGCCAAAGACGCCGCGUUUGCCACGCUCAUUUCAGAGAGGUCAGUUCCUUUUAACUUGACGCUUAUUCUGCAAAAGUAACCAGACUCAGCGUGGUCUAAAAUAGACAUGCAUGAUAUCAGUAUCAGCAGAUGAUUGCUGAAAAAGUGAGUAACUGCUAUCGACAGAUAUGAAAAGUUCUGCGGCCAAAUUGGUGAUGCAUCAGUCAUGAGCACAUGAUGAUAGCUUACACGUGUUUGCUGCAUAGAUAUUUUUAGAGGGUUGGAAACAGACGGCAGAUUCAUUACUGAAUGUCUACAUACAUUUUUAUGUAUAUGUAGAUGUCGGUAUUGAUAUUUGUGUCACCCAGAAUGAGUGUGAACACCAUCCGGAUAUUGGACAUCAGCCACAAUCCAGAGUCUAAACCCAGCUCAUGUUCCCUAAUCGUAACCCUCUGGAACAGGAAGAGCUGACACUGCAGGAUUAAAGGUUAAGGUCGACAUUCGACUGUUUGAAUCUGAAAGAAAGAAAUUCAAAUCCUUAAAGCGAGAGAAACUUUUUAAGAGUUUACACCCUGUCAGAGAGCAGUUUUUAUUUUUCCACUGUGGACUCAGUUGAAAAACACAUUUUCAUAGAUUCUGUGAUUUAAAACAAAGAUGCUCUUGUGUCCUCUUCAGUUUUAGUAAAACAAAAAAAUAAAAGUGAGAUUUUUACACACCAGAAAAAGAGGUGUGAAGAAAAAGCUCUGGGUGAAAACAAUGAAACAAGCUGUGCACUGGAGUUGAUUUGAGCUUUUAAGUAAAUGGUGUCUUUGUAAGGAAUAUUUUCCAACUGUGUUUGUGUGUCUGUGUGUGUUUUAGGUUUUUAGAGGAUUACUGUGCCAGAGGGACCUUCUCAGACUUGGACCUGUUGGAUAACUUGGGGCCUGCGAUGCUGCUCAGCGACAGGCUCACUUUCCUCGGUACGAACAGAACACGUCAUCCACAUGUCUCUGCUAAACUUGUGACUCUCUCAAACUGGAUCCGCUCAUGAAGUGAGGGAUCACGGAGUCGGGGGCGAACCGUCUGCUGAAUUUUGACCCUCAAACUCUCGAUUAGACCGUCACAUGAGACUCAGACACAGACGUGUGUGUGUGUGUGUGUGCGCUCUGAGAUAUAAAUAAAGUUGUGUACUGCUUAAUGCAGCAGCAUGUGACGGCGUGUUUUUCAUUGAAAGUGAAACCCUUUUACAUUCGCUCUCAAGUUCAGCAUAUUUAUAGAAGCUGGUUUCAUAUUUCAUAGAUUCGUGCAUCUUUAUUGUAAUUCAGAAUUUGUACAUGUCUGAUCUAAAGGUCUGUUAUUAUCAUGGAUGUCGCCGUUUUAAAUCUGAUCUUGUCUUGUUUCUAUUUCUAGGGAAGUAUCGAGAGUUUCACAAGCUGUACGGAGAGAAACGCUUCAGCGAGGCGGCGAAGCUGCUCCUCUCGCUCAUGACGGCAAAGAUCGCCCCCCGCAGCUUCUGGAUGACUCUGCUGACUGACGCUCUGCCGCUGCUCGAGCAGGAAGGGGUGAGUCACCCAAAAGUGCUGAAUUCAUUCAAGACGUCCAACAGAGACAUCGAUCAGUGAAGUUUCAUUGACAAACAACAUAAACAUCAACUGAUUUAAGUGAAAAAAGACGUUUUAAACGAGUUUGAUUUUGAUUCUUGCGGACUGAAACGGCUAUAAACUGUUUUAAUGAAUGUUUUUUAUUUUUUUCAGGUGAUCUUCUCCGCAGACCAAACCUAUGAGCUCAUGUUUUGUUUAGAGGAGCUCACCUCCUCCCUGAACACCCCAGCUGGCGGCACAGACAAACCCACGCAGGUAUGCAUCACAUCGGGAGAAUGUGUGACUCAGGAGAUAACUGCUUUGUUAGAGAACAAUCUGCAUUCCCUGCCCUGGAACUGCUGAAGAAUUAAUGUUUCGAUUCAGAUGAGACGUGAGAACAGAUGUGGAAAUGAUGCACUUCAUUAUUUUUUAAUAUUUUAAUAUUUAGACAGUGUGUGAGACAUGGUGCCAGUGGUUUUCUUUCACCGUAUUCGUGCAAAGUGUGAUCCCAAGACCUAAAAUUAACGAGUUGAACUCACCAAAACGGUUUCUUCGUUUCAGGAUGAAGACAUCGAGGUGACAAAGGUGGAGCUCCUCAGACUCGCUCUGGCCAGAAAUCUGGCGAGGGCGAUCAUCAGAGAAGGAACUGUGAAGUCCUGAACGAAAGAGAACGAAGCUCUUCUUUUGCAUUUUUUGUACUGUGUGUAUAUAAGAUUCAGUAAUCGAGAUGUGCUCUUUGAUAAUAAAACCUUUUUGUCUUGUUUCAAAUUUCCGCUUUAUUCUGUUUUUGAACGAGUAAAAUCAGACAUCCAAUGAAAGAGCGGUUUAUUUUUCAUGCAGCAAACACAUGACACAUCAUACAAUAUGUACACUCUCCCCAAAUCUACACAUCACAAGUUCACGUAACUUGUCUCACAACAAAUACACUUUAUACUAUUUACAUUUAACACACACGUCUGUACAUCUGAUUUCACCACGAGUCGAGGACAAGCAGAGAUGGGAUUGAACGGAGGUUAAGGUGGACUGACUAAUGGAAAUUUCCUCACAGUUCCACUUCAUCCCAUCGCUGCACGCUGUCGAGUUACACGGACUUCCCUUUCGAACGAUUUUAAAUUCAGAUUUCUCUGUUGGCUCAGUGAUGCACUGAAAUACUGACAGAAAAUAAAUAAAGCACAAAUACUGACACUGGUGGAUGAGCGGAGGUCUUCAAAUACAGAUUAGACAAAGACAGCAACAGCUAGAACGAUUUAAAUCCUGUAAUUUCCUUUAAAAUAACGAUAAAUUUAACUAUCGUAUGAAAUAAAACCUGCUGAACUUUGUUGAAUAAAACAUCCUCAGUGCAGUUGGUUUGCCUUAAAAUAAUUCAACUUUGCAAAUGAACUAAUCUAGUCAAAAUAAUAAAUACAAGUGAAAAAAUAAUGUAAAGCUUCCAGCGCAAUAUUUCUUACACAUAACUGAUAACUUUUCCCACAUUAGCCUCAUUCUGAAAUUAUCACCUGAUUGCUUUCCAAACUGUCUAAAUACAUUUAAAAUAUGUGAAGUUAGCUUUCUUUAGGAGUUCACCUGAGACUCCCAUAGAGGUUAAUCUGGUAAAAUGGUAUUUGGCUUGGAUUCAGAACUCAGGAGGCUGCGGUUGUUUUUUGGGUCUGUACAAGCCGAAGGAAGUACUUUAAGACAAACAAUCUCAUCCUGCUUUCAUUUGACAUUCAAAUUUACCCCUAAUUAUGAGUCUUUAUUGUUGUACAUGUACAUAAGGGCCGUUUCUUUCAAGUGCACCUGAUUGCACAGAAAGUGUGGCUCCUCCGUGAGCGCAUGCGCAGUUAGGAAUCGGACCGUCUGGAUCUCAGCGGUAAUUGAGAGCCAUGCACUCAACCAAAACGCCACUCUAUAGCCACAAAUAAUGCUCAGAACAGCACCUAAUUCAUAAAAUUAAUUUAGGGUCACAGACAUAGUACUAGACACCAAACAUCUUUUUAACUUUGACCAAUUUCUUUUAGCAAAGAGACUAAACACAACUCACCUACUCUCUUCCAGCAGCCACCCGUCAUUACGGACUACAGCGGGGUGUCGCAGCUCAAGGAAGAACAUUUAUGAUCAUUUCUUUAUCAUUUCCUUGAAGUAAUAAUCACCAUAUUAAUAACUUUUCACUACAGACGCAGUAGUUCUUCUUCCUUAGCGUCUCGGUCUGAUUGUAUUUCCAUGAAGAAAUGAUCAUAAAUGUUCUUCUUUGAGCUGCGUCACCCCGCUGUAGUCCGUAAUGGAUUGGCCUGAGGUCUCUCUACAAACAAGCAGCUGCUGGAAGAGAGUAGGUGAGUUGUGCUUAGUCUCUAUGUGUACUGUUGAUAAAGUUAGGUGCUGUUCUGAGCAUUAUUUGUGGCUAUAGAGUGGUGUUUUGGUUGUUUGUUUAUGGCUCCUCAGACCGCUGUGUAUUGCUAGUGUGCGGUUGUUACUAAAGUUGGUAUAACUAGAGAAGCAAGCGGUCGGCAACAUUCAUCUCUCGAGGGGGUGUCUAACUCGGUGUAACUUAAUUUCACGCCAGAAUAUCCCUUUAAGGGAAAACCGUUAUGAAAUGAACCUUGUGCUAACCAUAACAAAAUAGCUUACACAAGCAAAGUCCAUCUUUUUUUGUUAGUUGUGGGUCUGUAGUCAGGUCCUCCUUGUUUCUUCAGUAUGCUGUCACAGCGGCUACAACCAUUAAAACCAACAGUAUUUAAAUCCUAAACCUCUUAUUAAUAUCAGUCUGUCUCAUUAUAAAAACUGAUCACAGCAACUUUAAAGGAACUAAAGUCUUUUGGCUCGUAAGAGUUUGAUUUCCUUUCAUGACACAGAAAGUUUCUAAUGCUCAAAAAUCCAGUGACUACAUUUAACCAGACUCUCAUGUUUGAUCAUAAUCCCUCUACAGCACAAUAUCCAGUGUUUGCAGUAGCGCCACCUGUCGGCACAAGCCAGAAAGCAUUUUGACAUAUUUCAGUGGUUUACAUACGAUUCAAACUGUGUCCAAAACAGACGAUUCAGCGCGUUAAAACUGUGUCUGAUAAAGACACCAGCUAGUCAAGUAGGUUUUCCAGUGUUCAAUAAAUAAAGCAGAACAAUUCUCUCUUUAACUCCAAUAGUGAUUUAAAGGUUAAUUUCUUCAAAAAGACUCUUAUAUUUUUACUUAUUUGUCUCAUAAGACUCUAAGUUUGAGGUUAGUUUGUUUAAAAAGUCUGUUAAGCUGCUUGAAUGUACUUUCUAUCUGUUAUAAACAUCUUUGAUCCAUCUGUUAGAUUAUUCCUCUCAGCAGCUCAGACCAGCGAACAUAAACGCUCGUCUGUCGUAUGUCUUUAGUGUUUCUGCAGAGAAGUACACAAGCACUGAACAAAUAAAACAAGCGUCUCACUGCCAGGAAAAGGAAGAGCAAAGAAACGACAUCUAUCAGGAAUGUGAAGCUGUAAGGUCGAGUGCGGCUGAAUUCUCCCACCUCCUCCUCCUCCUCUCUGGGGUGGUGGUAAACAAACGCACCCCUUCAUGGAGAACCAUCCUCUCCAUCCCUGCUGUGCGUUAUCAGGCCGGCACGCCGCUAUAGAUGACCCCACAUCUCCUGCGGGGGGAACUGGUCCACUUCUCCCA